UACACAGUGAAACGGCUUAUUGCCGCAUUAGAUGACGGGGACGAUUAUUCGCACGUGUCUACGCUGCACACCGCGCGACUCAGCUCGUGCCUUUCCGCAGCCGCACCGUGACGGGCAACGACAUCUUCUUGAGCUCCACCUCCAUCUUAUGUUACAGCUGAGAGCGCGCGCACGCCACCAUGAUUGGACGCUGGAGAAGGAGGGUUCCGAUCAUGGAGAACACCCCCCUGGACUGGAGAUGACGAGGAGGCGCUCAUCGCUCGCGCGUCUGCAGCAAAGGAGAUGAGCGCAGCUGCUCGGGGGCCGAACCCAGUGACGAUCAACCAGGAGACGAGGCGUCGCUUCCCUUCUGCAGGUGCCCUCGGAUCACGUAAAGGCACGAAUGUCGCUUAGGGCCCGAAAAGUAGCCGAGUCCGAGUGACACCGCCCCCCCCCCCCGCCGCGCGCGAAGAAGGACCGCGAUGUGAAGCAGGGGUGACAGAGAGAAGGUCGCGCGGCUGGUUUCACUUGCGCUUUCCGGUUUGAUGAUCGGCGCCGCUGAGGGAGCGCGUGGAGCAGAAGGACGCGGAGGCGCGCGAGAAGAUCAUGGAGUCCACGCUGGAGAAGCCCGUCGCGAGCCUCACCGUGGACGACGUGUACGACGUCGCCAAGGCGAUCGGCGCCGAGGUGGAGAAGCUCAUCGACAGCUUCGGCAAGGAGGCCGUGGUGGGCCUCGUGCCCAAGAUCGUGCGCGUUCUGGAACUGCUGGAAAGCUUCGCGGCCAGGAGCCAGAGCUGCACCUCGAAGGAGGAAGAGCUUCUCAAAGCCUACGAGACCUUCCAGGCUCAGCAGCAGCAGCAGCAGCAGAAGAAGAAGAAGAAAGCGGUGAAAGAGGCCGACGAUGACAGCGUCUCCAAGGAAACGAGGCAGGACUUGCAGCAGAAGGAGGACGGGUGGCACAGAAGGUUGAAGGAGCUGGAGGCCCAGGUGCUGCAGCUGCAGGAGCAGAACCAGGAGCUCAUGGACCAGCUGAGGAUCAGCACCUCUCAAGAAGAUCGUGCUCAGCGACAGGAGCGCGAGGUGAUGCUCAAGCUGAAGGCCGUGGUGGACAAGCAGCGCGACGAGAUCCGGGCCAAAACGCUGGAGCUGAGCAGCUUGUCCAAAGAAGUGGAGGCACUGCAGGAGCAGCUGGAGCGCUUCAUGAAGAUGAACGCGGAACUGCGGCAAAAGCAGAGCAUCAUGCAGGCGCAGGCAAAGAGCGCCGUGGAGCGUAAGGUCGAUCUCGAGGCCGACCUGCAGGAGAAGCUGAAGGAAAUCCAGCGGCUCAAUGCUCAACUGGAGGCGGCCAACACCAGGGCUGCGGUCAAUGAAAACAAUUCAGCCAAACCAGAGAUUGACCUCACACACCAUGUGAUCAUCGACCUGCACGACCCGAAUCGCCCUUGCUUCACCAAGCAGGAGGUGCGGGACAUGAUUUUCGAGAGGAACGAACUCAAGGCGAACCUCUUCCUGCUGCAAGAGGAGCUGUCCUACUACCAAAGGGAGAUCCUGAAUGACGAGAGGUGCCCUGGCUUCCUGCUGGACGCAGUGCGGACCGCCAUCAAGAAGCAGAGGACCGUCAUUAAGGCCAAGAUGCUGGGAAUCAGAGAGGACGAGUGCAGCAGUGAUGAGGAGUGCAAGGGACCCCUGUUUGAGAAGAGGGAGGCGGACGUAGGAGAAGACUGCACAGACAGCCGGCCUCCAGAGUCCCGCAUCAGAAACCUGUUUGGCUUCCUGACUCGCUACAGCCUCGGGCAGAGUCCCACCCAGCAAAACACGGGCUCAUCCUGGGAGAUCCUCAGUCCAGAAGAGACGGAACCCACGGAGGGCACAAGCUAUCGAUUGCCCCACUGAGAUAGCCCCGCCCACCUUCACACACACACUUCCAAUCAGUGCGGCAGCGGCAGAAUCAACUCCUUUGGAAGACCUGAUGUGUAUCGACGCCAACAGAACUGCCACGAAUGGCACCUGAGGGAUUAAAGGACGCUUUCAAACUAAUUCUGUUUUCAUACAGAAAUACUUGCCAAAUAUUUUCAUGAAAAUAUUUCAUAAGAACAAAAAGUGUAUCGUUUUCUAUGAAUUAGGCUUAGAGUUCAUAUAGACGCUAUUUUUAAACACACCUUUGAGAUUCUAGAAUUUUGAAGCUUUCAUAUUUAUUGGUAAUUCACCAAAGAUUUUAUUCCUCUAGUGUGAGCAUAUUUCAGGGUUACAGUAUUUGUACCAUGAGAUGGAAAUACAUGUACAUUUUAUAUAUACUGUCUGUGUAAAAUAUCAGAAGACAUAUUUCGAUUAAUUAAUGAAAUGUGUACAUUUUUUAUUGGUGUAGAAGGUGUAACUGGAGAAGUAGGUGUUCCUUUCAAUGGAACUUAUUUUCAGCACGCCUUGUCAUAUGUGUCAGUAUAUUACUAAGUGAAAUAAUUCUAAUAAUUUAGCUGAAUGAUCUCUGGUUUUUAGAAUGUCUUCUAUGGCAUUCACAGUAUUUUUUUUUUUUUUAAAGUUUAUAUCUUGUUUCCUUCAGAAGGUGUGACAUAAGUUAAUGUUUUGACAAUCAGUCAGCUUUUACAUGUACUUACCUGUUUUGGUGAAUUUUGUCAUUUUUGGUGAAGCAGUUAAUGCUUUGGUGUAGGAGGGCAUUAAACCCCCCCCCCCCCCCCCC